UCGGACAGUGUGCGUGGCCAAAGUCACGUACAGGAAGUAUAAAAGGCCAGGACUGCUCCACCGGUAUCCAGUGGUCGCGAGAGACGUGCACGGCAGCGUGAUUCAACUCUUUACCUAGAGACGCCGUCUGGAUAUACAGGUUAAACGAUGGAGAAGAAGACGGGGUACUGCCUGUUCCUCCUGGCCCUGCUGGUGCCCUACACCGUCCUGGGCGCCAUCCCGAAGAGCGCUCCGCCGAAGAAACACAGGGAGAAGCGUUUUGCAAUUCCUCUCGUCUACUGGGGCGCCACCGUGUCUCCUACCGUGUGGGCUUGGCUGGUGGGCUUGGCUGGUGCUGCUACCGUUGCGACUGCGGGGAUCAUCCGAGCCAGUAGCGAUAGCCACUCCUGUGCGAACAACCGCGGCUGGUGCCGCUCCUCCUGCUUCUCCCACGAGUACAUCGAUUACUACAACUCGGCUGUUUGUGGCCGUUACCGUUGCUGCCGUCCAAAUAAUUGAUAAGCCAGCGGUCAUGCCACUGCACGUCUGCGGAUGGACCUGUGCUCCCAGCAGACCACGACCUUCUGCUGAUGAACCACAUCCCGACAGUGGACGACCCUUGCUGUUCCAAGCAUAGCAUACCCGCCUUCAUUUUGAAGAUUAUGGACCACCACGUCAUUAUAGAUUUGUGACGAAACGUUAGAAUAAAGUUCAUGGCACCCGUGCCUUGUAGCAGUAGAUGAAAAA